AUGUAUUGUACCAAUGUUUUCAUUCUGUUACAUUUCCUUUCAACAGGAAUGAGCCAUUCACAAGAUACUUCCGCUCUUAAGCGGAAAAGGCCAGAAUCGAAUCCCCUUACUCAGUCUCUUGUCGAUGCUGACCGUGCAGUUCUCACAGUGAUCAAAAGUAAAGAAGAUAUGGGAAUCUGGACAAGAGACAUCAAACGAGACACAAACCUACCAGAAAAUCUUGUUAAUAAAUCCCUCAAGUCACUUCUAGCAAAGAAACUGAUAAAGGAGGUUGUAAACAUCCAAAGCAAGGGGAGAAAACACUACAUGGCAGCUGAGUUUGAACCAUCAAAGGAAGUCACGGGUGGCUCCUGGUAUGUGGAAGGGAAUCUUGAUAAAGAAUUCAUUUCUGUUCUCAAAGAUUUUUGCUUUAGGUUCAUACGUAGUCGGAAGGUUGCUACAACGGAGCAAGUUCACGAUUUUUUCAAGAAAAGUGGAGCCAUUAAGGUUGAGUGCACAGUUCAGCAAAUUUCCGAGAUAUUGAGGUGUAUGGUUUUGGACAAUGAAAUUCUAGAGGUGAAGAGUACUGGAUUGGGAGAAUAUCAUUCUAUUCCUAUUGGCACGUCUUGUUAUAGAUGUGCAACUGGGGCAGGGAUUGGACAGGGUCCAAAAAUUGGGGCAAUGGCUUCAAUUCCAUGUGGUGUUUGUCCCAGGAUUAGUCAAUGCACACCCAAUGGAAUUAUUUCACCAAGUACUUGUGCCUACUUCACAAAAUGGUUGGAUUUUGAUUACUAA